AUGUCAAACAGGACCGAAGAGCUGGACCGAUUACUUGACAAUAUAGUCAACUCACCAAAUGGAACAGAAGCCUCGAAGACGUUAGAAGAGAUUGAAAAUAAUCAAUCAUAUAUAUUAGACAUACAAUUAAAGAAGUUACUGCGACUUCACGAUGACUCCUUUAAGAACAAAUGUGUGUUACCUGCUAAUGACAUGUUAGAAAGGUAUACCCCGUAUCUAGGGCGCGCUGAAGUUUUACAAAAAGAGGCAGAACUUGUGGAUAGGGAUCUCCGAAUCAUUGAGAUGGCUUACCAACUCAUAAAGAAGAACCGUGAGUUGAAAUAG